UCAGCGCCUUGCGAGAAAGUUACCUGUGGCCGCCCAAGUCCGCCACUUUCCGCUCUGUGUCUGCCCAUUGCCACGAUCCGGGAGGACUCCGCGCCGCCGGGCCGCCUCCGAGCGCGGGCCCCAUGUGAGGGCCCCCCCCCCCCCCAUCCCACCUUUCCGGCUAGGUGAGGGCGCGAGCGAGCGGGCGAGCGAGAGUGGUGAGGGGGGACGAAAGCAGAAUUACCUGUAGCUCUUGUUCUGCCAUCUCGGGCGCUCUCACACACCUUCACCUGCACAGACUUGAAAGUCCAGUUUCACCAGAGGCUGAGGCUCCAGGAAAAGGGGAGCGAGUUCAUUGGAUCAAACAUGUCACAAGAGUCGGACAAUAAUAAAAGACUAGUGGCCUUAGUGCCCAUGCCCAGUGACCCUCCCUUCAAUACCCGAAGAGCCUACACCAGUGAGGAUGAAGCCUGGAAGUCCUACCUGGAGAACCCCCUGACUGCGGCCACCAAGGCGAUGAUGAGCAUUAAUGGUGAUGAGGACAGUGCUGCCGCCCUUGGCCUUCUCUAUGACUACUACAAGGUUCCCCGAGACAAGAGACUUCUGUCUGUGAGCAAAGUGAGUGACAACCAAGAAGACCAGGAUAAAAGAAACUGUCUUGGCACCAGUGAAGCCCAGAGCACUUUGAGCGGAGGUGAGAACCGAGUGCAGGUCCUGAAGACUGUCCCGGUGAACCUCUGCCUCAGUCAAGACCACGUGGAGAAUUCGAAGCGCGAGCAGUACAGCGUGUCCAUCACCGAGAGCCCGGCCGUCAUCCCGGUGUCGGGCAUCACCGUGGUGAAAGCCGAGGACUUCACGCCCGUGUUCAUGGCGCCCCCGGUGCACUAUCCCCGCGCGGACGGCGAGGAGCAGCGCGUGGUCAUCUUUGAGCAGACUCAGUACGACCUGCCCUCCAUAGCCAGCCACAGCUCCUAUCUCAAGGACGACCAGCGCAGCACCCCCGACAGCACCUACAGCGAGAGCUUCAAAGACGGGGCCUCGGAGAAAUUUCGGAGUGCUUCUGUUGGUGCUGAAGAGUACAUGUAUGACCAGACAACAAGUGGAACAUUUCAGUACACCCUGGAAGCCACCAAAUCUCUCCGUCAGAAGCAGGGGGAGGGCCCCAUGACCUACCUCAACAAAGGACAGUUCUAUGCCAUAACACUCAGUGAGACCGGAGACAACAAAUGCUUCCGACACCCCAUCAGCAAAGUCAGGAGUGUGGUGAUGGUGGUCUUCAGUGAAGACAAAAACCGAGACGAACAGCUGAAAUACUGGAAAUACUGGCAUUCCCGGCAACACACAGCCAAGCAGAGGGUCCUCGAUAUCGCUGAUUACAAGGAGAGCUUCAACACCAUCGGGAACAUCGAAGAGAUCGCCUACAACGCAGUUUCCUUCACCUGGGAUGUGAGUGAAGAGGCAAAGAUUUUCAUCACCGUGAACUGCUUGAGUACAGAUUUCUCCUCCCAAAAGGGCGUGAAAGGACUUCCUCUGAUGAUUCAGAUCGACACAUACAGUUACAAUAACCGCAGCAAUAAACCCAUCCACAGAGCGUACUGCCAGAUCAAGGUCUUCUGCGACAAGGGAGCAGAAAGAAAGAUCCGAGAUGAGGAAAGAAAACAGAACCGGAAGAAAGGGAAGGGCCAAGCCUCCCAACCCCAGUGCAACAACUCCUCUGAUGGGAAGUUGGCCGCCAUACCUUUACAAAAGAAGAGUGACAUCACCUACUUCAAAACCAUGCCCGACCUGCACUCGCAGCCCGUGCUCUUCAUACCCGACGUUCACUUUGCAAACCUGCAGAGGACUGGACAGGUGUACUACAACACGGACGAUGACCGAGAAGGCAGCAGCGUCCUCGUUAAACGGAUGUUCAGGCCCAUGGAAGAGGAGUUUGGUCCAACACCAUCCAAGCAGAUUAAAGAAGAAAACAUAAAGCGAGUGCUUUUGUACGUGAGGAAGGAGAACGAUGAUGUGUUCGACGCUCUGAUGCUGAAGUCGCCCACGGUGAAGGGUCUGAUGGAAGCGCUGUCUGAGAAGUAUGGACUGCCCGUGGAGAAAAUCACAAAGCUUUAUAAGAAGAGCAAAAAGGGCAUCCUGGUGAACAUGGACGACAACAUCAUUGAGCACUACUCAAACGAGGACACCUUCAUCCUCAACAUGGAGAGCAUGGUGGAAGGCUUCAAGAUCACGCUGAUGGAGAUCUGAGUCCUGGACACAGCGCCCCGACAGGAGCUUUCUUCAGGGCGCUCCUUCCUGGGACAGAUGGGAUGGAAUCUCGCUGGCCCAGAACCUGGAGCUCCAUCUCACCCACCUCACAAGACUGUUACAAGACUGCUGGGAAAGGGGCGGGGCCCAAGGCCCAGUGACUGUCCAUGUUCGACUCCUCCAUUUGCCCCCACGGAGCUGAAGGCUGAGCCCCUCAGCAAAUUUCUUUGGGCCUGUCAGGCCCUUAUUUAUUGCCCAAUUCCCCCCCAAGAGCCUGGAGUCCAGGCCCUCCAGGACUCUACAAGUUACUGAUAGCUCCACGUGAGGCAUCCAGAGUGCCCCCUUCCAGGGAAACACAGCCAGUCCACUCAUCUCGAAGAGCCCGGGGAACUGGUGUGUCUUUUCUUACUUCACAUCUCUUGAGUGGAUGGACAAGAUGAGCUGCUUCUUGGUGCAGUCUUCAUGGGUGGGGUAAGAAAGACACCCAUUUACCGGCCCCAAACCUUCAGAUAGCUCUAGAGAAGGUCAUUUUACUAAAUACCUCCAGGGGAUCUCCGCAAGUAGCCACUGGGCCUUGUACAGGAAGACAUUCUGCUACCAUGUCAGUAAUAAGGAACACAAAGUAAGCCUAAUGACCGUGUACAUAUUUUGUACAUAAUAUCGCAGUAAUAUAUUUUACCUGUGGUGUGCGGGCAUGUUUACCGCCACUGGCCUGGAGAAGACACAGACCUAGAGACUCAGAGCAUCCUGCUCUAUCCAAGAGGAGGCUAGGAAAGUGGCCUUUGGGGUGUCACGUGACUGUGGUGAACGCCAGGAUGGACUCUUCAUUGGGCCAUGCCUGAGGACUUGUUCCCCGUCCCCAGACGGG